CUCAGCAGCCGCAGCAGCAGCAUCAACAGGUGUGGCACCGCCGCCCUGUUUGUCCCUGCCCGGCUGCCAUCGGAGAGGUGGCUGCAGAGAACAACACAGAACUGUCAUUAGAAACUUCUGCUUUCACUGCGCCGCACUGAUUUGAAUAUAAAACAAAUGUCAUAACAUAGUGAUUUCUGUCCUGACAGUCACACACAGUUAUCCGGACUUAUCCAAAGUUGCAGCGUCACAAAUCUCCGCGACGUUCUCCCGAGUUCUAACGGGCAGUUGGUGUUUUACACAGAACAAGGAGCUGCGGUAAACACCUGAAUAAAGAUGCCUUCACUGUCCUGUGGAAUGGAGAGUCUGAAGUGAUGGAGAACAGAGAGGAGAGCCCUGCAGAUGAGCGGGCCCCCACACCUCCAGAGCGAGGACUCCUCCACGUCUGGCAGUCAGCGGGCCCCAGUGAUCAGCUCUGUCCAGAGAGAGUGCUGCUGUCCAGACCUGUCCUGCAGGCCGCUCUGGGAGAACACCAUGGACUCCUGCUGACACAGGGUGGUCUGGUGUAUUCAUUCGGUGAGCUGUUGUGGAGGGAUCUGAGCAUCCCGCUGUCUGCUCCGGUGCUGGAGGUCUCUCUGCUGGGGAAGACGGUGGUCCGUGUGGCUGCCGGCGGCUUUCACUGCGGAGCGCUGAGCGAGCAGGGCAACAUCUACAUGUGGGGGGAGAACACUGCAGGACAGUGUGGGCUGACUGAGAGGGACACAGUCACAAGCAUCACAGUUUCAGAGCCGUGCCCUGUGACUGUGGUGGACAGUGACGUUGUUCCUCCAGCAGUGGUUCGGGUCAUAGAUCUGGCCUUAGGACGGGAGCACAGCCUGGCUCUGUCGGCCCAGAACGAGCUGUGGGCAUGGGGCAGCGGCUGCCAACUUGGCCUGGUCACCAGCACCUUCCCUGUAUGGAGACCAAAGAAGGUGGAGCACUUGGCAGGCAGACAUGUAAUUCAGGUGGCUUGUGGUGCCUACCACAGCCUGGCCUUGGUUCGCAGUUUACCUCCACAGAACUACAAUACUCAGAAUCCUUCUGAGAAAAGGGAGCGAGGCCAGUCACCUCACCACUCAGUGACAGAGAGGGAGGAGCUGUUUGCAGUUGAUACUGGUCACUACUGUCCGCUGGGGGUAGAGCUGACUGAAGUCAUGACAGGCGAGACCUCUCCCAGAAGAAGAUGCCCAAGACGAAGGCUCCAAUCUGGGGGAAGGUCAGCUGGCGGCAGUUCACGUCCAUUUUCUGAAGAUGGCAAAUCUAACACUAAGCAGAAGAAUCUUCCAGUUGACACCAAGCUUGAGCCCGAUGGGCACGCUGACCCUCUCACUCAGACAGACGGCAGCCCCAUGUCCCACCCACUAUCAGGCUGGAGAGCCAAUGAGAAUUCCACUUUCCCUGACGAAAUGGAGAUUCAGAAACUCCUCCAGAAACUCUCUAGUCAAUCACUGGAGAUGCGCCACACCACCGGGCUAGGAGAUACCGACUCACUGAGCAGCUACACUUCAGAUGACAGCUGUGUUUCCUCAACUCCUUCCACGGAUCUGUUGACUUCCAGUUACAAAGAAGACUUGCCAAUUAAGAGUCAAACCAACAAUAACAGUGGAGUGGCCGUGUCAUACUCCUCUUCCCCAGUGUGUUUGGAAGAAGUUCGGCUCGGUCUUGAGGCGGAGAAGCAUGCACUGCACUCCACUAUUAUAACAAAUAUAAACCAGAAGGGGAAAGCAGCAGCAAACAGGAGAUGCUCCCUGCCUGGAACACCCACCCGUGGUAGGAAUGGGUCUCCACGGCGAUGGCGGCCUUGUGCCUGCAGGCCAUCCUCUGCUGGUCGGACCCAGGCUGCAGCACUGGAGGAGGCUGGAGACAGGCUGCCGUCUCUGGAGACAGAAGUGUGGAGCUGGGGCCGAGGGUCUGAAGGGCAACUGGGCCAUGGGGAUCAGCUCGCCAGACUCCAGCCUCUGUGUAUCAAGUCUUUGACAGGGGAGGAGGUGAUCAGAGUUGCUGCAGGGUCACACCAUUCACUGGCUGUCACCGCUCACUGCCAGGUGUACUCAUGGGGUAGCAAUAUGUGUGGACAGCUCGGUCAAAUCAACAGUCCUGUCACUGUACCUCAACAGGCGAAGUUGUCUGAGGGUCUGAGGGUUUGGGAUGUGUCAGCUGGUCAGAGCCACUCCCUCCUUCUGGCUGAUGGAGACUGUGUCCAGCCAGUCCUGUUGUACUGUGGCCAGCAGCAAGAGCCAAUGUCGGCACAGAGUGAGAGGUCACACCAGGGUCAAAGGUCAUGCCAGAGGUCACCCAACAGAGCAGAGAGUUAUACAGUCAGACCCACCCUGCUGCCCUUCUGCAUGGAGAUGGGUUACAUUAGCAGUGUGUGCAGCGGUGGUCAGAGCUGUGCGUUGCUGGCUGACCAGAACAUCAUGGGUUUUAUCUCAGCUAUCCAUGAGCUGGCCUCAAGAGAGAGACAGUUCUACUGCUGGUCGUGCAACGUCAGGAAGCUCCUUCUCACACCACUACGCAACAGAGAGAGUGUAUGUCCGUCGUUAGGUAAGCCAUGCACUCAUCUCUUCUCCUCUCUCUGUGAGAGUUUUGUUCGUCUGAGCGUCCUGAUUGGUCGACACUCCACGUCACUCAGCUACUUCCUGCAUGAUGUGCAGGGCCGUGAUGUCACUUCCCUUCCCCUGCUGACACACACUGAGCACUUUCUGGACAUUUAUAAAGAGUAUUGUUCUUCAUUAGGUAACUUCCAGGUGAUGGAUGGAUUCCAAUCACUCCAUAAACUCUCGCUUGAGUGUUUAGGCUCUCAGCAGACCAUGCUCGCUCAGCUGUGUGUAUCAGACCAGUCUGCCAGUGGUGAUGUUGAUCUGGUUUCGUUGUUGUACUGGCCUCUGCAGCAGCUCCACCAGUACAGCCGAGUCCUGCUCAAAUUGGCAGCCUGUUACGAUGUGUUAACUACAGAGUAUCAGUCCCUCCAUCAGGGCUGUAGUCAGUAUGAGUCUCUGUCUUUGUCCCUGUUGAGGAGGAAGAAGGAGGCUGAAACCACCUUGCUCUUCUGGAAGACCCAUUCUGGAAAAACUACUGAGGUUCUGCGUCUCCCACAGCGCCGUGUGGUGUGUGAAAGCAGCAACAGAUCUCUGACUCUACAGAAUGCUGGGCGGUUCUCCAACCACUGGUUCAUGCUGUUCAAUGACGCACUGGUGCACACACAGGGUGCCAUUCCCUCUCAGAGCCUUUUCUCCACACAUCACAUCUAUCCUCUGACCUGUCUGUGGGUGAAACCAGUUACUGAAGAUAGCAGCGGACUCUAUGCCAUCAAAAUUACAUGUCCAGAGGAGAGUUUCACCCUGGUAGCCUCGACACCACAAGAAAAGAACAAGUGGCUGCGAUCUCUUAACCAGGCGGUGGAUCACAUGCUGGGUGGUGGAGGUCAAGGGUCGUCACCGGGGAUGACGGCAAUGUCUCGCACGGCCUCCUACACAUUCACUGGAGAGGGACGGUUUAAAGACGCCCAGUACACCGGGGGCUGGAUGGCAGGACGAGUUCAUGGCAGAGGCACCAUGAAGUGGCCAGAUGGACGGACCUACAGCGGGAACUUUAAGAAUGGACUGGAGGAUGGCUAUGGAGACUGUAUAAUACCUAACAAAGUGCUGAAUAAGCCUGACAGCUACCAAGGACACUGGAGAGAUGGCAAGAUCCAUGGUUUUGGCAAGUACAAGUAUGCCAGUGGUGAAGUGUACGAGGGCUGUUUCUGUGAUGGGCAGCGACAUGGUUACGGUAUGCUGAGCUCCGGUAAGCUGGACAAGACCUCCUCCAGCGUUUUCCUUGGCCAGUGGAUCCAUGACAGGAAGACAGGAUAUGGAGUCUAUGAUGACAUCACCAGAGGUGAGAAGUACAUGGGACUGUGGUUGGAUGAGCAGCGGCAUGGCAACGCUGUGGUUGUCACCCAGUACGGUGUAUACUAUGAAGGGACCUUCAGAGACAACAAGAUGAUUGGUCCGGGUCUGAUGGUGUCAGAUGAUGACACAGCUUUCCAUGGGGAGUUUUCUGAUGACUGGAAUGCCAACGGGAAGGGUGUUUUAUCCCUGGCUAACGGUGACUGCCUGGAAGGCCUGUUCAGCGGAGAGUGGACCGCAGGGCUGAAGGUGGUUGGAACGUACACCAAACCAGCCAUUGAUGACCCAGAAAACAAAGAGAGAAACCUCCUGCUCAGGUUGGGUCAGUACGUGGUGCCUGCAGGUCAGAGGUGGGUCUGUGUGUUUGAUGAAUGUUGGAGUCGACUGGGCUGUGAUGCUGCUGGGAGAGGAGAGAGGACUGCAGCCUGGGAGAACAUUGCUGUCACUAUAACAAGUGCACGACGACAAAGCCCAGACCUCAGUAGGUCUCAGAGCAAAGUACUGGAGUGUUUGGAGUUUAUUCCUCAGCAUGGAGAACCCGUCACAACAGCAAACUAUGACAACAUACGAAGAUACCUCAUCAAGGCAUGUGAGACCCCUCUCCACCCUCUGGGCUGGCUGGUGGAGACGUUGGUGACCGUCUACAGGAUGACUUACGUCGGUGUGGGAUCCAAUCGCAGACUGCUCAGGCAGGCCGUCCAGGAGCUUCUGGCCUACCUCACACAUUUCUACAAUAUUGUCCGGUUUCUGUUUCCGGGGCUACCAAAUGAUGGCGGCAUCAUCCCAGACCCCCCUGCCCCUCCAUCUAAGAGGAGACACAAUUCUAACAUAGCAGAGCAAGGCAGCAUUGUGGUGGUGAGCUGCUCCUCUCUGCUGCUCCCUCUGCUGCUCCCUCGACUCUACCCUCCUCUCUUUACCCUGUACUGCCUGCAGGAGGAGCAUGAGGAGGCCCAGUACUGGGAGCGCGUCCUCCAACUCAACAAACAGCCCGACCAGUCACUGCUCCGCUUCCUGGGAGUGCAGGAGAAGUUUUGGCCAGUGUGUAUGUCAAUUCUGGGAGAGAAAAAGCAGAUUGUGUCUAGCAGUAAAGAUGCCUGCUUCAUUUCCGCUGUAGAGACACUCCAACAAAUCAGCACCACCUUCACUCCAUCAGACAAACUCCUCGUCAUCCAGAAGACGUUUGAGGAGUUAACCCAGGAAGUAAAACCUAUGUUGGAUGGCAACUUCCUGUGGUGCAUGGAUGACCUGCUCCCUCUCUUCCUCUAUGUGGUGCUCAGGGCGAGGAUCAGGAACCUGGGAGCUGAGGUCAGUCUGAUAGAAGAUUUGAUGGAUCCCAACGUUCAGCAUGGAGAGUUGGGACUAAUGUUCACCACACUGAAGGCCUGCUACAUCCAGAUCCAGCAGGAGUCGACUACGUAGGAGCGGACAGGAAGACAUCACACAGUCGACAAAAAGUGGAAACAGCAUGAAAGCACUGCCAAGAGCGGCACAUAGGAGCUGCCAGAACAAAACCAGUCAAACCACUGGGAAGCUGCACUGAGGGAGGGACCUUCUGUCACAGGAAAAUGAUGUCCGACACCUCGUUCACUAUCUAUCCUUUUAGUAUGUUACAGCAAGUUCUUUCUUUUCUAUGGAAGACAGUUUUCAUAGGAAAGUAACACAUCUCUAAUAUCCAACCCCCGUAAAUUCACUGUUGAAAAUCUAAAAAUUGAAUGAAGCCUACAACCGAUCAAAACUUCAUACAGUAGUUGACUGUAUAUGGUAACUGCAGUUUUGUUAAAAAAGAGCAAGCGAGAAUGCUGGUUGUCAGGACAAACUGACAGAAACAUGCUAUGCUGCUGGCUUUGUAAAACCCAAAAGAGUUUUUUGCACUUGAGCAUGUUUUUACCACUCGUAGUAUUUUACAGAGUAAGGUGAGCUCUGUGUUUUCAGUACUUUUCACUGGUCCUAGAGCAGCUACAGGAGACACAGAGGGAGUUAGUACAACAAGGUCAAACUGAGCUUCCUGAGCAGAGAUCAGACCUUUGGUUCAUCAGUAAGCAGCAGCUGAGGAGCAGACUGGAUGAAGGGCUCUGCAUUUUUAUCAAAAUGAAACUCAAACAUCACACAGUUGGUGAGUUUUACUGUCUGUGUGAAAACAGAGCAAACGGCACUUAAUGCCUCAGCUGUGGUUUGAUGUUGCUUCCUCAGAAGCCAAACAAACUCACCAAGUCAGAAAGCCGUAGGUAAUGGAAAGGGAACAAAAGCUUAAUUUCUCAUGUAACAGUAUGUUCAGUACGUUCAAACGUAAAUUAUAUGCAAAUCGUCUUACUUUGUUUACAUAUAAAUCACAAAUCCUCCAUGUCAGUAACAUCACCUCUCACUCCCCAAACUAAUUUAGACCCUUUUACAUAUUUUUAAUGCAGGAGAGUUCAAACCAUCACACUAAGCAGACUCUGUUUCUUGAGCCUGUUUAAAUUAUUAUUAUUAUUUAACACUUGUACUCUCCUGUACUACAAACCCAACCUGUGCAUGCUCCUGCAUGUUGAAACUAACCAUGACGCAGUUUGUCUCAGGUCUAAACUUCUGAUCUUCAUAACUAACAUAAACUGACCAGUAGGACAGUAACAUGUCACUACAGAGGGAAAUGAUUUUGUACUUUACUUAAAAUAAUUAAUGAGGGAACACUGAUUAGCUAAACAUAAAGGAAAUGUUCAUUCCUCUGUUGAUAUGUCAUUCAGUUUGUUAUUCUGUGUGUGUGUGUGUGUGCGUGUGUGUGCGCGUGUGUGUGUGUGUGUGUGUGUGCGUGUGCGUGCAAGCAUAUAUGAACAACUUUUAAUGUUACACUGACAGUUUUUUAGAUUAGUUGACCGACCAGCCACAAGAGUGUUUGAAGACUAUUAGAUUAUAGAAGAUUAUAUUCACUUUGUCAUUCUGGCACCUAAAUUACUGUAAAAAAAGAAAUAUUCCAGGAUGUUUUCCUCCAUCAAGGACAUUAUGUUUUCAAUUUGUUUGUGAGCAGGAUUUGCCAAACAGAUUUCAGUCAAAUUUGGUGGAAGGUUGGCCUGAAAAAAUGAUGACUACAUGGUGUGCAGCCAAUAAUUUUCAAAGGAUUCAUUCACAUUGUCAGAUAGGACAUUUUAGACAUUUUCACUGUUUUCUUAUUAACUACUGCACUUACUUAAAUGAAAUAUGGCAAAUGUAUGCCAUGAUUAUCUAUCACUGUGUGUGUUUAAAUGCAGAUCUAAAUUUUAAAAUAAUUCUAUUAUCAUAUUUUAUCAGUUUAUUUUGAUCCUUUGAAUCCAUCUGUAUGUGUUGUAAAUGAAAUCUUUUAGAGACGUCAAAGUAAUAAUUUUCAAAAGGAAAGGACAUUUUUUAAAGGAAUUGUAUUACUUAAUAUAAUUUAUAUUAGAAUUUAUUUUAAAUUAUUUAUUAGAGACAUAUUAAAAGUUUAAAACAGUAUUUUAUCCUAUAUCAGCAAAUCUCCCACAACCCCGUCUGGGUAUUAAGCAUCCCCAUGAUUACGUCUGAAAUCCCACCAGCAGUGACUGUUAGAUAAUCCACAGUAAUUAAGGAAGCAUUCACUAUAAUGUGUUUAAGAUAUAGACCCAGUGUUACAUGUUACAUUAUACCACCGUUAAUUUUUUUGGAGCAGCUUGUAUUCACAGUACAGCGUGUACUGCUGUCAUGUUACUGACUGUUGAUGAACUGAACUUGUUUUUAUGUUGUCUGGAAUAAAACAGACAGCAAAAAGCUCUGAUUGAACUGCACAAUGCAACAAAAAAACAUGCCAAAAUGACAGAAAAGCAGCUGUUGCAUUCAAAAUCAGAUUCUUUUCUCUCGUAAUUUCUGCCAUUUCAGCAUUAGUGAAAUGUGUUUGUACUGUAUUUAUUGUCACUCGUGUACAAUGUAUACCCUCAGAACCUGUAUGUGUUGGGACAGUCAAUUAGAUGUUUUUCUUUUUGCUAUUAAAACCACUGCAGUGUAGUGAAAUGCAGAUGUAACAUCUAAUGUUGGAUGAGACAAAAGCAUUCAGCUGACCUCACUGGCCUCCAUUAAUACCAGGUUAAAGGACAGUACAGAUGUUUUGCACGUCUUAGCCCAAUAUCAACAAAUCACCUGUAGUUUUAGUACUGCCAACCAUCUUCCAUCACAUACAGCAUUCUGUUUGUAGAUUUAUUUCCCACCUUUUAGGCAUCCACUGGUGUGAGAUCGUUUCAGAACAGCAUUAUAUCAAUGAGAUGUAGUCAUUUUUAUUUUCUUAUUAGUGACAUUAUUGUCGAAUAUGGUAAUGCAGUUGUAAGCAGGAACCAUUUUGAAAACUCCCUUGUGGUAUGUUAUUGUAUUGAAAUGAACUAAAACGAAUGACUCAAAAAACAUAGUUAUGAUUUAUAAAAUGGAUAAAAGAAAAUGGAAGUCAUAUAAACCGCAUAUGGUUUCUACUUUAUGGGCUAAAACAUGUAAAACAUGUCAUGAUCUUUUGUAAAACCUACAUUUCUUGGAGGUUGGAGACUAUGAGACUAUAACCAGACUGAAUUUAUGACUUGAGUUUAUUAUUUUUCUAAGUCUAUAUUUUUGUAACUUCAUACAUUUAUAGAAAGAGGUGAUUAGGGGAGCUGAUUGCAGAUUGUUAAUUGUUUUGAUGGAUAAAUGCAUUGAGAUACGAAAUGAAAAAUGAAAAAAAGGGCAAUAAAUGUGGUUUAAUUCUG